UAAACAAUUAUGAGUGCAGAGUAAUGGUUAGUCUUACGAUUAGAUUUGCUACCUAGCAUAGCUUAGGAAGUAGAAUAGAUUUGUACCCAUUAUAUUCGUAUUUGCUAUCAUCAAAUAAUUAGAUUUGUGUGAUGAAGUUAGAAAAGGAAAUAAAUAAGCAUACUAGGAUUUAAUCGUGUUAUAAGCCAGGGUAAAUCCUACAACAAUAGUAAUAGAUAAGAGGAAGAAUGGAUGAUUUUGAUAAGUUUUAUGAUAGAAACUAUGCUGACUACAGAAUUGGUUAUUUUGAGAAAAUGAAAUUGAGAUUACGAAAAUUAAUAAGUCCACACAUUGAUGUUAAUAGAUUAAUUUACGAAGAAACCUAAAAUUACAAUCAGCAGUAAAUAAAUAUAUCUAAAUAAAAGAUCCUCUCCUAUCAAGAAUACAACGCCUCCACCUGUUAAGGAUAAUUAAUCAAAUGUUUAAAAAGUAACAGAAUUCGUUUAAGCAUAACCCAAAAGGCCUCAAUCACCUCCAAAUAAAAUGAUAAAUUCCAGCAAUUAUAAUAGCACAAACAAACAAAAAUAGGCUACUCCUAUCGCUUAAAAUAAUAAAAAGGCGAGCAAGUAACCUUAGCAAGUGAAAACUUCUUCAGUAAAGGCUAAGACAUAAUAGGAUGAAUUAGUGUUUACAAUCAAGAUGAGCAAGGAAGUAUUAUUGAAUUAUUAAUAAAAAUAGGAAUAUUUGUAGUAUAUACAAGCUAAAUAAAAAUAGAGAUGAC